AUGCCCUCGCUACUGGCACAGCUAGCCCGCCUGAGCCGUGCCGCCGCGUCCUUCACCUCAUCGCUCGCCGCGGUCACUCGACCUCGCCCCGUCGUCCCACCGCCCCCAGCAGAGCAGCCAGCACCCGCAGCACCUACAUCCGCCCUCGACGCACCCUCUGCGCCACCUGCACCGCCGCCGCAACCCGCCGCCGUCACCCAGUCGCGCCCGCCCGCCGUCCCACCCUCCUCGACCUCCUCGUCUACCAGUACCUCUUCCCUGCGCAAGCCCCUCGUCCAGCGCGGCGAGUCGAGCCGGCUCGGAGUGUCGGCGCCAACCGGCUCGGGCAAGACGGCCAUGUUCACCGCCCUCAUCUCGCACCUCCCGGCGCUCGUCCACCCGGUCACGCGCGAGGUCGCGACCCAGGUCCUCGUCCUCGUCAGCUCGGUCCAGCUCGUCGAGCAGACGGCCGUCGCGAUUCAGCGAGCUCACCCGCACUUGUCUGUCGAGGUCGAGCAAGGCUGCAGUCGGGCUUCGGGCUACGCAGACGUCACCGUGUGUACGUACCAGACGCUCGCCCACUCGUCGUACAAGCGCCUCGAAAAGUUCGUCACGGACCGCUUCAAGGCCGUCAUCAUCGACGAGGCGCACCACGCCGCCGCCAAGUCGUACCUCGACAUCCUCGCCCGCUUCGACUCGCACGUCGAGCACGCCCUCACGUCCAAGUCGCCCAGCACGACCGUGACGCCAGCUGCGCCGAGCGCCAUUGCGUCUGCCGCAGCCGGCGAGCGCCUCACGCCGACCUCAACCUCGCCCGACCCUCAGCUGCCCGUUCUCGCGCCCGUCACCGCCAAGCUCGACUCGCUCGGCCGCAUUCGCGUGCCGCUCUUCGCCUUCUCGGCGACGUGGGCGCGGUCCGACCAGCUCGCGCUCGGCAAGGUCAUCGAGAAGAUCGUGUGGCACUGCGAGUGGCUCGACUUGGUGCGCGGCAAGUGGCUGUCCGACAUCUCGUUCACGACGGUCCACCUCGACGGCGCCGUCGACCUGUCGCAAGUCGCCGUGUCGGACAAGACGGGCGACUUCAAGCCGGCGAGCCUCUCGCUCGCGCUCAACUCGGACGCGACCAACGAGCUCGUCGUCAAGGCGUACCUCGAGAACGCCGCAGGUCGCCGCUCGACCCUCGUCUUUGCCGCCUCGGUCGCCCACGUCCUCUCGCUGUCGACCGCGUUCCGCGACCGCGGCAUCGACGCGCGCAUCGUGCACUCGGGCACGCCCUCGUCGCAGAGGGAGGCGCUGUACCGCUCGUUCCGGGCGGGCAAGUUCCCCGUCCUCGUCAACUGCGGCAUCUUGACCGAGGGAGCCGACUUUCCCGCCAUCGACUGCGUCGUCGUCGCGAGGCCGACCCGCUCGCGGACGCUUUUUCUCCACAUGAUCGGCCGCGGCCUGCGCCUGUCGCCCGACACGGGCAAGCUCGACUGCCUCAUCAUCGACGUCGUCUCGAACUGCGCCAACCUCGGCAUCGUCUGCACGCCGACCCUCCUCGGCCUCGAUCCGGCCGCCGUCACCAAAGGCCGUUCGACUCGUGCGUCCAACACGCCCGCCAUGUCGCACGGGCAGCGUGCGCCCGAGCCCGCACGCCGCAACAAGGUCGACCUCUCGUCCGUGUCGUACCAGCACAUGUCGCCCGAGGACUUGGUCAAGGUCCUCAAGGCGCAUGGGCAGACGACGGACCCGGCCGUCUUGCUCGCGAGCCCGUUCGCGUGGGUCGACUGUGGCCACUCGUGGAUCCUCCCGCUUCAAGACCGAGGCCGGCUCGAGAUCGUGCGUGACAAAGGCUCCUUCUGCGUUUCCUUCUACGAGCGUCGCGCCUCGCCCGACAGCCUCGGCAACACCACCUCGGCCCCCAAGUCCGACUUCGACCUCGACCAGACGCCGACGCUCCUCGCCAUGCCCGACUCGUUCCUGCACGCGCUCUUCGCCGCCGACACGGUCGUCAGCAUCUAUCCGCGCCUCGUCGACCUCGCCCCUCUGCUCAAGCGCGACGCACGCUGGCGCGACCGGCCGGCGCCCGACUCGACCCGCUCGCGCGUGCUCAAGAUGGUCGCCAGCUCGGCCCAGCACGACGGCGCCGACACGAGCAGCAGCACGCACGUCUUUGACGGCGACGGCGGCGACGAGGGGCCGUGGUGGGCGUACGUGGCGCUCGGCAAGCGGUUCACCGAAGGCGACGCGAGCGACUUGGUCGCCACGUGGCCGCACGGCGGGCUCGCCUUGCUCGAGCGGCAGCUCAGGGCGUCGGUCAGGGGCGGACAGGCGGGCCGGUCGACGGCGCAGGAGGGGAGCAAGAGCGACGAGGGCACGACUUGA